AUGCCGCCCCGCAAUAUCCUCUCGGCGGAGUCCGCAGAGCACCAUAGCCCGUUUAGCCGGUCUUUCCAAUCCAGUUCGCCUAUCGCCGAAGCCGCCAUUGCUCGCGAUCUGGCUCACUACGCCGACGAGGACUCGACAUCAAGCACUGACGAAGCAUCCGAGGCGUCCACGGUCCGCCCAGCGAGUAGACGCCCAUCCAGCACAUAUGCGGGGACCAAUCCGCACUCGCUGACCGGGUCAUAUCGCCGCCCGAGCUACUUCACCAGCGUCAAUCAUGCUACCGUGCUCCCGUCAAAUGGAGACUACCAACCACUAACGGAGGCCGAGCUCCAACAGGCGAUUGCCGAAGAGCGCAAUUUGUUGAGUGAUAACCGAGUCAUUCCAGCGGAAGAACCGGAGGGGUUGCAACAUAAACUGAGUAGGGUCUUAUCGGCCUCUUCGUCACAGGAGGGACCCGCGAAGCAAUAUGGCACGGUUCGGAGCGCCGAUGGUCGGGAUACUGAGACCACCGCGUUGUUGGGGCCUGCGAAAGACAAUCAAAUGGGGCCAGAGGAGAUUGAUCGCAAGUGGGAAGAAGCCGUGACGGCAGGUCUGAUCAACACGACGUGGAAACGGGAAACGGAGGUUAUCAUUAGAUACUCUGCACCGUUGAUGGUGACUUUCCUGCUCCAGUACUCGCUCACCGUAGCGAGUAUCUUCACGAUCGGCCACCUAGGCAAGGAGGAACUGGGUGCCGUCAGUCUCGCUUCGAUGACGGUCUCCAUCACUGGUAACGCCGUAUACUCCGGUCUAGCCACUAGUCUGGAUACUCUCUGUGCCCAGGCUUAUGGGUCGGGCAAGAAGAAGCUGGUCGGACUUCAAAUGCUUCGCAUGAUUUAUUUCCUUUUGGUCGUGACUAUUCCUAUCGCUACAUUGUGGUACUUCUCUGAGCAUGUUCUGGCCAAGAUCGUGCCAGAGAAGAGAGUGGCUGAAAUGGCCGGAUUGUACUUGAAGGUGGCGCUCCUAGGGUUACCGGGAUAUGCGUGCUUUGAGAGCGGAAAGCGAUACCUGCAGGCCCAAGGUGUCUUUUCUGCCUCUCUGUAUGUCCUGAUCAUCUGCGCACCGCUCAAUGCGUUCAUGAAUUGGUUUUUCGUUUGGAAACUACAAUGGGGUUUUGUCGGAGCUCCUAUCGCGGUUGUCAUCACGGAGACUCUCCUCCCUAUUUGCUUGUUCACAUACAUCUACUUCCGUGUUGGCUCUGAAUGUUGGUGCGGCUUUACAAGACGCGCCUUUGACAACUGGGGCCCCAUGAUCCGCCUUGCCUUGCCUGGUCUUAUCAUGGUCGAAGCAGAGUGUCUCGCCUUCGAGGUUCUCACACUGGCUUCGAGCUACCUGGGCACAUCUGAACUCGCUGCCCAAUCCAUUUUGUCCACAAUCUCGAGCAUCACAUGGCAGAUCCCCUUCCCACUGUCCAUCGCUGGUAGCACACGCGUUGCAAACCUGAUCGGUGCUACACUAGUAGGCGCUGCCAAGACAUCGGCCAAGGUGAGCUUCUGCGGAGCUACCAUCGUCGGCCUGUUCAACAUGAUCCUUCUCUCGAGCCUUCGAUCUUAUAUUCCCAUGCUAUUCAGUUCCGACCCUGAAGUAAUCGACAUCGUCGCCGAGGUCCUUCCUCUGUGCGCCGCAUUCCAGCUCUUCGAUGCCCUUGCGGCCAAUUGCAAUGGUAUUCUCCGCGGUCUAGGUCGACAGGAGAUCGGUGGUUAUAUUCAACUGUUUUGUUACUAUGUCAUCGCUAUGCCCAUUAGUAUGGGUACUACGUUCACGUGGAAUUGGGGAGUCAUGGGUCUCUGGACAGGUGUCGCGAUUGCGCUCUUGCUGGUUUCUGCCACUGAGGCUCUCUUUAUUAGCCGUAUUAGCUGGGAACGAUCUGUGGAAGAAGCCCAGCUGCGGAACGAGACGAUCUGA